AUGGCCUCUCGGAAUUCCGUGGAUCAAAUUCUUGCCUUGGACAAGCCGGCGCUCGUCGGGCUCAUGAAAAACAAUCGAGAUGCCCGGGGUUUAUGCCCCGCAAACCCUAGAUUCCCCUGCGCUUGUGGCCAAGCUCGAGUAGGCGGCCGAGGUCCCUGCGACACGAGAUUUCGCCGUUGCCCAGCCGUCAUCACCAUUAGCGAGGUCGGUUAUCACCUCUCCCCACAGCCAGGUAUGGCCAAGGAGCACCAGACUCGUUGUUACCACGAGCUUGUCGCCACGCGGCGGCAAACCAGCGUCGUAGACAACUUUGCCUCGUUUCUGGCCGAGAAGCGACGCUAUUUCGAGUCUAGUGGGCUCAUCGAGGUCGAUGGGGCAGGUAACUUUGAGCAGACGAUACGUAAGAUAUGGGGGGGAGGAACAACUCCGACGGCGGCAGCAUGA